AUGGUUGAAAGCUCUGGCUCUAAUAUUCCUUGGGUAACAAUUUUUGAUGAAAUUUCUAUGCUCAUGUCUCAUCUUGGUUUGAGGGUGGACUUUGCAGAAUUCUCUCGGUUCUAUGAUUUUGUUUUCUUCAUGUGUCGUGAAAAUGGUCAAAAGAACAUUACUGUAAGCAGGGCAAUAACUGCAUGGAAAUUAGUUCUUGCUGGGCGGUUUUCACUGCUUCAUCCAUGGUGUGAAUUUGUUGAGAAGAAUCAACGAUACAAUAUCUCUGAGGAUACCUGGCAACAGGUUCUAGCUUUCAGCUGGUGUACUCGUGAUAAUCUGGAAGCAUACGAUCCUGAAGGUGCUUGGCCUGUUUUAAUAGAUGAUUUUGUCGAGCAUAUGUACAGGAUGCAAGGAUCAUACUAUGAUGAUUCCAACUUCCAUUGCAAGUGUGGUGAUCCAGAAUCCCAGUCAUGUGUUCUGGAGGAUCCCCAUCCUGGGCUGAGUAGUUCUUCUGGUGUGAAGAGGAAGUUAUCCGAGGACUUGAGCAAAAAUGAUUAUAUGGAUGCCAACGAUAUACCUUUUUCAAAUUUUAAAAAAAGUAGAGCUAAGGAUGCAGCAGAUUUGGAGGACAAUCCACCAGGGAAUACAGCAGAGGAUUGUAUGGAAACUAGUACGCAAAAUAGCCCAUUGUGUUCAUCUAUGUCUCCAUGUGCAGUUGAAGGGGCUCUGUCUAAGGGAUUUGCCGGAUUACUCUCAACCCGUCCCGUUGUGCAGUUUAGUAGGGAUAGAAGGGCUUCCUUUUGA